AUGAGGGGAAGAAGUUACAGCCCAUCACCCCCAAGAGGUUAUGGAAGGAGAGGAAGGAGCCCAAGCCCCAGGGGGGGUCGCUAUGGUGGUGGUGGUGGUGGUCGUAGCAGAGAUGAUCCAACUACUCUAUUAGUGCGCAAUCUUCGCCAUGACUGUCGGCCAGAAGACCUCAAAAAGCCAUUUGGGCAAAUUGGUCCUGUCAAAGAUAUUUACUUGCCGAGAGACUAUUACACUCGUGAACCACGUGGCUUUGGAUUUAUCCAAUAUCUGGAUCCUGCUGAUGCAGCAGAAGCUAAGUAUCAGAUGGAUGGUCAGGUUUUCCAAGGUCGGCAACUUACGGUAGUUUUUGCUGAGGAGAACAGGAAAAAGCCCCAAGAAAUGAGAGCUAGGGAGCGUGGAAGUGGUAGGGGUAGCCGCAAUUAUGAUCGAAGAGGUACUCCCCCUAGGUACCAUAACUCUCCUCGGUAUUCACGAUCUCCACCUCCCCGCGGCCGUGAUUACUACUCUCCACCUAAGAGAAGGCAAUACUCAAGGUCUGUUUCGCCUGAAGAGAAAAGAUACAGCCGCGAGAGAUCAUAUUCUCCUCGUGGGGGUCAGGGGAGGUCAUACUCGCAAUCCCCUCCAAGGGAGCAAUCUCCACCCAAUGGGUCAAGAAGCCACAGUCAAAGUCCAGUCAGGGAGCAUUCUCCACCAUAUAAUGGGUCAAGGAGUCCAGUUGGGGCAAGAUCUCCGGUGAGAGCACGUUCUCCAGUUAGGAGUCACAGCAGGAGGCGGAGCCCUAGCCAUAGCAGGAGCCCUGAUGCUGUUCAUUAUUCCAGGAAUCCUGACCGCGACGUGUCCCCGAGGCAUUGAACUCUUCUUUUGGGCAUGGAUGGUGUAGUUUGAAGAACAUGAUGUGAUUUUCUGUUCGUUAAUUAGUUUUCUCAUGGGAUUCAGCAAUUGCCAGUAGUGACGAUCCAUAUGGAUCGUUUUCUCAACUUGCUUCUUUUGCUUGUUUGUACUUUAUUAGUACUCAUGGAUUGGAUAACAUUGUGGAGUUGCUCUUUCUUCAUUGUGUGGCAGUUGACUAAUGUUCGUUAGACGGGUUAUUGUGAGACUGCGUGUAUUGCU